UAUAUAUUUGAGAAAUGAAGUACUUCACGUAGGUCACAAGACGUCAAGACCAGGCAAAACAAUGCCAAUUCACAAAAUCAUUACAAAAUCAUUUAUUUCUUUGUAAAAUAUAGAAGUCAUGAAUAACGACAAGAUAUCAAAUGAAAAUUUAAUCAACACGGCUGGUGCAAAUUCUUGGCGGCAAGUGAAAGGCUUUGGAAAACGACAUAUUUUGGUUCUUCUUGGAUUACUGGGUUUUGCUAAUGUAUACGCAUUGCGGGUUAAUCUUAGCGUCGCUUUAGUUGUGAUGGUAAAUUCGACGUACUCAAAUGGGAAUGAAGAAACAAAAAGUCACGAAUGUAGUAGUGCGGAAAGUUCGUCUUCACGCACGAAUAAAGAUGGAACAUUUAAGUGGGAUCAAGAUACUCAAGGAAUAAUUUUAGGAUCAUUUUUCUAUGGCUACAUUUUCACUCAGUUACCUGGAGGUUGGAUAGCCACAAAGUAUGGUGCUAAACGAGUGUUUUGUUUUGGUGUAUUGUGGACAAGUGUCUUGACACUUUUGACACCUGUAGCUGCAAGAUUUAGCCUCUAUGCCUUGAUAGCACUUAGAAUUCUUGAAGGACUGGGUGAAGGGGUAACAUUCCCAGCAAUGCAUUCAAUGUGGAGUUACUGGGCACCCCCAUUGGAAAGAAGCAAACUGGUUCCUACCACCUACGCUGGGAGUCAGAUUGGAACAAUUAUAGCAUUUCCCUUAUCUGGAUGGCUUUGUGCGAAUGGUUUUGAUGGUGGCUGGCCAUCAGUAUUCUAUAUAUUUGGAACAUUUGGCUCUGUGUGGUUUCUCAUUUGGAUGUAUUUUGCUCAUGAUACGCCAAGAGUUCAUCCAACAAUAUCACCGGAAGAACUGGAGUAUAUCGAAACAACUGUUGGAGAAGAGCAAGACCAUGUAACACCAAAAGAUCAGGGUUACAAAACGCCUUGGAAAUCAAUCAUGACUUCUCUUCCAGUUUGGGCGAUCAUUGUUGCACAUUUUACGAACAACUGGGGUUUCUACACCCUUCUUACAACCAUGCCAACUUACUUUAAAGAAGUUCUUGGUGUCAAUAUUCGGGAGAACGGUCUUAUUUCUGCUAUUCCGUAUAUCUGUAACUUCUUUGCCAUUGUAAUUGCUGGACAAAUUUCGGAUUAUGCUCGCUGCAAGAGACUUUAUUCAACUGAAGUAGUUCGAAAAAUUGCCAACUCGACAGGCUUCAUUUUGGCGGCAAGCUCGUUGAUCGGCGCUAGUUUCGUUAGAUGUCAUCAGACGGCUUUGGCUGUGUUUCUUUUAUCUCUUUCAUUGAUUGGUAGUGGAAUUUCUCAAUCUGGACAUGCCAUUAAUCACUUAGAUAUCGGUGCUAGAUAUGCUGGUGUACUCCUGGCAAUAACAAACACAGUAGCAACAAUACCAGGAAUCGUUUCACCCUAUUUAGUUGGUUAUUUGACUAACAAUAAGCCCACGCGUCAUCAAUGGCAGACUGUGUUCUACAUUGCCGCUUUUGUCUACGCUUUCGGAUUGUUUUUCUUUCUCUUUUUUGGAAGUGGAACAGAACAGAAAUGGAACAGACCUGAGCAUGAGCAUCCUGGUUGGAAAAUUAACGAGAAUGAAUCUUGUGAGAAUCCUAGUUGUAAAUUAUUAGUUGAUGGAACAGAAAAUCAUCAAAAAUGCAGCCAUUGAAUCUUCAUACUUUUUAAAAAUUGUAAUUAAACACUUCAAUUUUUAGAGUGAAGUGACAGUAAACAAAAAAAUUUCAACAUCUUUAUAUUGUAUAAUAUAAAGAAAAU